UUCCAACUGACAGCACUCAUAGAAAUUAAUAUUUGACAGCUACCGAUACGUCACAUCACUCACACAUUGGAAUAAUGAUAAGUUAUCAAAGAGCGGAUGAGAGAAUAAAAUAUUGUGGGGGAUAUUAAUUCGAUAUCUGUCCUGUAGUAAUUCAUGUCAUUCAGGAAGAAUUCAUCUGCUGUCGAUAAAUUAUUGAUUUAUUUCGCUACUGGACGACUUCUCACUAUUAUUUAUUAUCAUGGUGAUAAUGGAUGAAUCUCAAAUGGAGUUCGAGUGGGUGUUGCAUGAUGAGGUGCACUCGUCUUUGUCACAAUUACGAGGAAUUUUAAUGGAAUGUGCACAAAGAUUUCCUCUGGCGCUCUUCGGUAAUGACCAACAAUGCAAAACCGACAGAUUUGUUUUUGCUGGGCCUCACGACCAAGUGAAAUGCGUUGCAGUGCUCACAGGGGACAGCAUAACUAAUGCAGAAGUGACUUUCAAAGUCCAGAGACAGCAGAGUGUCUCGAUGAGGACUAGUAUACAGAACGAUCAUCCAUGGAAAUUACAACAAAUUCAGGACGCAGCUAAUCACCUCCAACAGGCCAUAGCACACAUUGACAAUGUGGAUAAACAGUAUUCAUUCAAAACUUCCGACGAGGUGAUGCAUAUCCUCGGAAAUAUUCUUGGAUGCCUCCAGAGAAGCAGAACUAGUCUCAUUGUGCCUAAGAAAAAAGCGAUUGAUGAUUUGAUCAAGAGCCGAAAUAUGAAAUCAUUGAAUCCAAAUUUACCGGAAAACUUGGCGAUAAGUUUUUAUAUACAGAGUUACAAGCUCGUUCUGGCUGUUUAUCAGUUGGAAAGUACCCAUGGAAGUCUGAAAUAUGAGUCUCAGCAGGCUGAGUGCAGUGUUCCUUGGUUAAAUGAUGCUCUGGUGCUCCUGACGAUAUCCCUCCAGUUAUGUCAAAGGUUAAAGGACAAGAUCUGUGUAUUUUCCCAGUACAAAGACUUCACCGUGGGUUCACGAGUGCCAUCGGCCAUGGGCUGAUAAACCCCAGUACUAAAGGACGUAAUAAAACUCUUAACCAUCAGUUUUUUUACGUAAUUUCGGUUAAAAUAGAAAUUACGGUAACAGUCAAUCUCCUAGAGAAGAUAAAUCAGCCAUUAAGUUAGUGCCACCUAAUUCAGGACGUAAAAACCCACUUGAAGUAAAUAUUUCUCUUCUUCAAACCUGAAAUGUUGGAGCAAUGAUUUCCAUUUAUGUAUUUGUCGUGUACUUCAAUGUACAGAAAGAAUUUUCACUCCAAAAAAAUCAAGGAUAUAAAAAAAUCAAUUGCAGUCAAUAAUGAUUUGUAAAAUAUUUGGAUAAAUUUGGCUGCAAAGAAUUUUCCAAAAAUUUUCAUUUAUGAAUGUCAUUAUUGAGAAUGGAAAUAUAUUUCGGGGAAUUUUGUCCGGAGUUACUCGCUAAUUAACGAGAAUAAUUGUUUUUCCAAUCACUGAAAUGGGAAGAGUCUUAAAAAAACAUCUGACAAUAAUUGUAUUCAAGUUAGUGGAAGUUUUAAUGGAAUCGACGAACAAUUAUACGUUUAAUUGGCAUUGAGGUGUUUUAGCACGUUAAUUAGAGGCCAUGGAUGGAUUAUGCAAUGAAUUUUCCCAUCAGAAUAAAUUAAUCAUUUGAAUUUGUUGGGAAAAGUGACUAAUUACAACCAAUUCGCACCGUUGUAUGUCAUAGAAUAAUUUAUCAAUGAAUAAACAGUGAUUGAUAUAUUGUUUUGAGAUAAAUAAAUCGAUUUGAGUGAUUGUUGCUAAAAUGGUUCUCACGUAAUCGUUGAGUAAGCAUUUUUAUGCUUAACAUUAUGUCAAUUUUAGGACUUUUGUGCUAAUAAAUUUAUUGUUUGUUCCAGUUAA